AUGUUUCAGUUUUCUAUCACGUUGUUGAAUUCUAGUACCCUUGCCGCUGAAGUGGUAACAAAUCCCGAUGACAGCUUGACUGUCGCAAACGCUUGUUUACCGAAGGACAUUAUAUAUGAAUUUGCUAAGGCUUGGCUAGGUGAGGGCCUGUUAACCGGUAAAGUAUCAAUAUGGAAGCGUCAUCGAAAAUUGAUUAACCCAGCUUUUAGUCAGAUGGUGUUGGAUGGAUUUCAGGGGGUUUUUAACAGUCAGUCCAGACGCCUUGUUAAAGAUUUGGAAGUGGAGGUAGGAAAAGGUUCCUUCAACCAUUUAGUUUACACGCAACGUAAUUCUCUGGAAACUGCUUGUUACCAGCGACAACGGGAUGUAAUAUCUAAUGCUGCGAUCGCCAAUCUACCUGCUAAGCCUGGCGAUUAUGACAAUCUACCUGUUAAGCGUGGCAAUUAUGACAAUCUACCUGCUAAGCGUGGCGAUUAUGACUAUCUACAUGCUAAGCAUGGCGAUUAUGAAAAUCUACCUGCUAAGCCUGGCGAUUGUGACAAUCUACCUGCUAAGCGUGGCAAUUACGAUAAUCUACCUGCUAAGCGUGGCGAUUAUGACAAUCUACCUGCUAAGCGUGGCGAUUAUGACAAUCUACCCACUAAACGUGGCGAUUAUGACAAACUACCCGCUAAGCGUGGCGAUUAUGACAAUAUACCUGCUAAGCGUGGCGAUUAUGACAAUCUACCUGCUAAGCGUGGCGAUUAUGACAAUCUAGCUGCUAAACGUGGCGAUUAUGACAAUCUACCUGCUAAGCGUGGCAAUUAUGACAAUCUACCUGCUAAGCGUGGCGAUUACGACAAUCUACCUGCUAAGCAUGGCGAUUAUGACAAUAUACCUGCUAAGCGUGGCGAUUACGACAAUCAACAUGCUAAGCGUGGCGAUUGUGACAAUCUACCUGCUAAGCGUGGCGAUUAUGACACUCUACCUGCUAAGCAAGGCGAUUAUGACAAUUUAGUGUUUCCAUAUGAGAGACCCAUAUUCAGAAGUAGAAUAUUACAGCAGUUUAUGUUUGCAAUAAGCUAA